GUUGUGCGUCAGGUCACGUGGUGGCGCGUCACUUCCGGCCCUUCCUCUUGGCUUCCGUCUUGCUCCCCGCGUGUGUGCGCGCCCGGUGCCGCCGCUCUCUGGAGGCCUUUAAACCCACCGUGCUGCCCAUACACACCCGCCUGCCGGCUGCAGAAGAUGAAAGAAAGUAUCAUGAAUCAAGAAAAGUUAGCAAAACUUCAAGCCCAAGUCCGCAUUGGUGGAAAGGGAACAGCACGCAGAAAGAAGAAGGUCGUCCACAGAACAGCUACUGCUGAUGACAAGAAACUACAGUUCUCACUGAAGAAACUUGGUGUGAAUAACAUCUCUGGCAUUGAAGAAGUAAACAUGUUUACAAACCAAGGAACAGUCAUUCACUUCAAUAAUCCUAAAGUUCAGGCUUCCUUGGCUGCCAACACCUUCACCAUUACAGGACAUGCAGAAACCAAGCAGCUAACGGAGAUGUUACCCAGCAUCCUGAACCAGCUCGGGGCCGACAGCCUUACCAGCCUACGGAGACUGGCGGAGGCCCUGCCAAAACAAUCUGUAGAUGGGAAAGCACCACUUGCAACUGGGGAGGACGAGGAUGACGAAGUUCCAGAACUGGUUGAGAACUUUGAUGAAGCUUCAAAGAAUGAGUCCAUCUAAACUGAAAACCACUGAGGAACUUGAUGCUGAACAGAGCUGCUAUUUUAUAUUGUGACUUAUCUAUUUGUGCUUUUAUUUUUAUUUUUUCUUCCCUUUUGACUUGAUGAGAUUAAAGAUGGGUCCAUUGAAAAUGCUCAAUAUGUAGCAGCUCAGCUUCAGUAACUGCUUUAGUGCAGACCCUGCCAUUAUGGCUACUUUAAGUGAACACACCUGGAAAUAAAGAUUUAUCUACCAUACACUU